CGUCAAUACCUUUUUAAUUAUUUAUUUAAUAAAAAACCGCUAUGUAUUUUUAGAUUAAUCCAUAAAAAAGCCAUUAAAUCGUUUUGAUUCAAUUUAUCAAGUUUAAUAAGUACUUAUAAAUCAACAUCAAUCAACAUUCAUAACCUCGUUUUUUCAACAACAAUGAUAAACAUUUACUUUUUAAUAAUUACUGGGUAUUAAAAUAUCGAAAAGGAAUAAGUACAAAAUAAAUUUUGUGAUUAUGACUACUUUUAUCGCUGUGCAUUGCGGAGCAGGUCAUCAUAACGAAAAAAAUCACCCCAAAUAUAACAAAUUAGCCAAGAAAGCAUGUCGAGCUGGAAUUAAAAUCUUAAAAGAUGGGGGUUCAGCUUUAGAUGCUGUUAAAGCAGCCGUAACCGUUUUAGAAAAUGAUCCCUUAACGAAUGCUGGUUUUGGUUCUAAUUUGACAACGAAUGGUUGUGUUGAAGGUGAUGCCUCAAUAAUGGAUGGAUCUACGUUGUUUUAUGGUGGUUGUGGGGCCGUUCAACAAGUAAAAAACCCUAUCGAAUUAGCCCAUAACCUCUGUUUAAAACAAUCAGAGACUCUCCCAAUGGGAUUAAUCCCACCAUCUUUACUCGUAGCAGAUGGAGCUCAAGAUCACGCGAAAAGGGAAGGUUUAAAAACUUGUUUAAAUAAGGAAUUAAUUAGUCCAAAGGCUUUAAAACAAUUUUAUAAAUAUAAAAAGCUUAUUGAUGAACAUGAAAAUACGUUAGAUCAAGAUGGAGAGAGGAUGGAUACCGUAGGGGCUGUUUGUAUAGAUAAUUUAGGGCGAGUUGCUUCAGGAUGUAGUUCUGGGGGGUUAAUUAUGAAGCGUCCUGGAAGGGUGGGACAAGCAGCUUUAUAUGCAAGUGGAGUUUGGGCCGAUUCUUUUAAUCGAGAUGAACCUUCCGUCGCAGUUUGCACAACGGGAUGUGGCGAACAUUUGGUUCAAACGCAAUUAGCGAAAGAAAUCGGGGUUAAUAUUAAAUAUUGUGGGUGUCCCACGACUGAAUUAUAUAAAAUUAUGACGGAAAAAUUUUUAAAAUCUAGAUUUUUACAUAACGUUAAACAAAAAAACGGCGGAGCUUUGGUGUUGCACUUAUCGAAAAAUGGUGAGUGUUCGAUAUUGUGGGCUCAUUCAACCGAAUCGAUGAGCGUUGCGUAUAUGAAAUCAACGGAUAAUCAACCGAAAAGUACCAUUUCUCAAUUACCUGAUCACGUUGAGGUUGGAUCCACGGUGAAUGUGAGUGGGAAUCACUUUUUCUUGCAACGAUAACGAAUGUUGUGAUUAUUUAGAUAAUUUUUUUGUAAUUAAAUUAUUAAAAACUA